GCCAACCCCUCCACUCCAACAGAACCAAACAUGUCUAAAUCCAGCACCAUUGCCAACAGAGAUGCUGCAAAAAUGGCUGCAUAUGCUCCCGUGGAAAUAGGCACCAGAGGCACUGUUGGAUCCCUCAUAAUGAAAGAAAUUGAGCACUUCAGCCACCUCGAAUUAAGCAGCAGAUGUAGCUCACACAAGCCUCAGCCACAAUUUAAAGGCAUGGUUUCCUCUGGCAGUCAUUUGAGACCCGCUUGUGAAUCAGUGGUAAAAACACAAAAGAAGAAAAAAAGAGGCACUAGGAUCCUACCAAGCAUAUGUUCUAAGGUGGAAGUUUCAGACAGCAAUCGACCAAUUGGGAUUUCUGUAUACAGUUACAGGAAUCUAAGAUCUGAUGUGAAGAAAUUACCAGCUUUUUCGGAGUAGUAGCACCACAGGGAACAGAAACAGAAGCUGUUUGAUGUUUACUUCUGGAAGAUGCAGGCGUCGGAGGUGCAACUUUGAUGGACUCUAAUUCUCUUGU